CCUUUUACUCGGGUCAAAGUUUCGCUCGAAAGUCACCGGUGAGAAUAAUAACAUUAACAAAAAAAAACAAAACAUGGACGCUAACUCGAGUUAAUGUGAAAACUCUAGCUGUUUAUGUUGUAAUCGUUAGAUGCCGGUCGUUGCCUAGCGCCAGCUGAAGCAUGAUGCAUCCCGAGCGUUCCUCAACGAGCUACUCCCUGCGGAGACGGCAGGCAGAUUCGGCCCCCCAGGGCAUUCUGAGCACCGGUCUACUGCGGGGCUUCAUCCAGACGGCCGGGCCUCUUCCUUCUACUUGCUGCUCCCCAGGGGUCCAUGCAGCUAACGUUGAUGCUGCCCAGCCUGCACAGAUGUCAUCUCCUUCCCCUUCCUCCUGCACCAGUUCCUGCUCACACAAGUCUCUCAGCACCUUGCCAAGCAACAUGGGCAAGCCAGAAUUCACAGACACAGGAUGGGGCCGCAUCAAGCUUUUUAAGAAGGACAUGACUCACAAGUACCCGGAGGAGUUGAUAGGCGUGAUCAAUAGUGGUUUUGUGGCCGCAAUAGCAGGUUGGGUGUACGGAGGUGUACCAGCAGCCCGUGAUGCCCGCCAGAGAUACAUCGAAGUGAGCCGGGCGGAGAUCUACAGGAGUCGUAUGGAGGCCGUGCGCUCGUCCCAUAACGCUGCUAUCAGAAGUUUUAUCAGAUACGGAUGGAGGUGGAGCUGGAGGGUGGCUGCUUUUGUCAUCUUGUUCAAUUCUUUGAGCACCGGGCUGUAUGUUUUCCGAGACAAAUACACUGUGAGUAACUACAUUGCUGCUGGAGCUGUGACUGGAGGACUUUUCAGACUGAACCUGGGCCUCAGAGGGCUGCUGGCAGGAACCAUCAUCGGAGCAGUUCUGGGGUGUCCCACUGGUGCCUUGAUCGUGGGAAUACAGUCCUUGGCGGGAGAAAGUGUCUGUGAGAGGAGGAGGAGGGAGCGCCGAGAGCUAUAUGAACUCAAACUCCAGGAAUGGAUGGCCCGCCUGCAGCUGACAGACCAUGUCAUCAGUGAUCUCAACACCUGCUCUCAGGAGGAUGAACCCAGUAAAAACCUGCAGAGGAUUCAAGAGCUGCUCAGUUUGCCGCGGAACGAGGGUUCACCUCAGGACACAAGCAACCAAUGAUGCUAACUUCCUGUUUUGCUGUGAAGGUGGGACUCUGGAUUUAAAGAGACACCUUCUGUUCCAUUGAGUGGGAGCUGAUUUACGGCUGCAUGACAGGCCCAUGAGCAAGGCAGCCAGGUGGCUUGGAUUUCACUGUAAAUCCUUAAUAUUACACAGUCGAACAAUUUUUGGGAUGAUGAUGUUUCCCACAUGACUUGUCCAUCCGCUCACAAAGUUUUGAUCAGAUGAAUGUUUGAAAUGUGACGCCGUCUGUCAUCCAGCACAGCGUUUGAGAAAAUAGAUUUUCUUUUCUUUGUCUUUGUGUCUCUGCAGUCUGCCUUUGUUUUCGCCUCACAGGCUUUUCGGCAAAUAGGUCAAACACAGGCUCAGCCCCCUGCUGUCAACAUGCUGUGACGCAGCAAUAGAUGGCAUCCAGGCCACUGCUGUGACAGCCAGUAGGAGCAGAUCGACCAAUAAUUUAGAGUUAAGAACCACGAUUAGUGAUGGUCGUAUGAAGGUAAACUUUUUGUAAGAAAUUACGUCAGGAAAAACAACUGCCACAAUAAAUGUCUGUACAGCGGUUCC